UCAAGUUGGUUCAUGAUCAUGGACAAUACUAUGGAUCAAUUAUCAUGUGUCCCUCCAGGGUUUCGUUUUCAUCCAACCGACGAAGAACUUGUUGGUUAUUAUCUCAGGAAGAAAGUUGCAUCUCAAAAGAUCGAUCUUGAUGUCAUUAGAGAUAUUGAUCUUUAUCGAAUCGAACCAUGGGAUCUCAUAGAGAAAUGUUGGAUCGGAUAUGAGGAGCAAAGCGAGUGGUAUUUCUUCAGUCACAAGGAUAAAAAGUAUCCAACCGGGACAAGAACAAAUAGGGCAACCAUGGCGGGUUUCUGGAAGGCUACCGGGAGAGACAAAGCGAUCUACGAAAAGCAAAGGCUCAUAGGAAUGAGGAAAACCCUAGUUUUCUACCAAGGAAGGGCCCCCAAUGGCCAGAAAACCGAUUGGAUCAUGCAUGAAUACAGGCUUGAAUCUGAAGAAAAUGCCCCUCCCCAGGAAGAAGGAUGGGUAGUUUGUAGAGCAUUCAAGAAACGCCCAACCGGACAACAAACGAAAACAAACACAAGAUUGUGGGAAUCAUCAAACUACUUUUAUGAUGAAGCGAGCCAACAUGUAGCAUCGGUAGUCAUGAAUAAUAAUGAUUACGCCAGAAUUCUUCAUCAGCCUACUUCAAAUAUUCUCUUGACAGAAAGUAGUUUCAUGUGUAAGCAAGAGUUGGAAGCAUCUGAGAACAUGAACUUUGUGCAUAACUGUGAUCAAUUCGUACAACAGCUUCCACAACUCGAAAGCCCAUCUCUCCAGUCGACAAAGAGAAGUAUAGGCUCUAUAUACGAAAACGAUCAUUGUCAAGAAGACAAUAAUCAAAUCAAAAGAAGCAACACAAAUAAUAGUAACAAUGUGAAUGAAGUUAGGGAUUGGAGGGAUCUUGAUAAGUUUGUAGCUUCUCAAUUAUUAAGCCAAGAGGAGGAGAUGAUUCGAUGUGUGGAAGAUCAAGCAGGAUAUUAUUUAAGCAACCAUAAUCCGGCCGGUGGUUUAGACUUUACUACGUCUAAUUAUCAUCAAGGUGAUGAUCAUAGGAAAUUAGAAGCUGCAGGUGACGGUGGUGGUGGUAUCGGUGAAUUAGAGGGGAAGUCGAACGGAUUUUCGUUGAGUAGUACAUCAACAAGCUUGGAUCAUUUUGAUAUUGGAGUUUGCAUAUUUGAUCAUUUAUGACUACUUGAAGAAGCAUACAUACAAAAUAUGCAUCAUGCAGCACAAUAACGAUAAUGAUAUAUUAAUUAUAUAUACAUGUUUUGAUCAUCAGUUGGAUAUAUAUAUAUUAAUUUGUAUGAUUUCAAUUCUAUAAUAUAUAUAGCUAGCAACUAGUGUACGUGUGUCUAUAUAUAUCGUCUCUGUAAUUUUGAAGUAUUUAUACAUAUAUAUAUUGAUAAG